UGCUGUUAAUUCAGCUUCAGUUUUGACAUAUCUAUAGAAGACUUUCCACCAUCAACAUUUGUUGAGCUGCUUCGUUGCUCAAGAGGCUUCCUGAACUCCACAGCACUGCUAGGCCGGAGACAUGCAAGCCAUCAAAUGUGUGGUGGUAGGAGAUGGAGCUGUAGGUAAAACUUGUCUCCUGAUCAGCUACACCACCAAUGCAUUUCCAGGAGAAUAUAUUCCUACUGUCUUUGAUAACUAUUCUGCCAAUGUGAUGGUUGAUAGCAAACCUGUAAACCUGGGAUUAUGGGAUACAGCUGGCCAGGAAGAUUAUGACCGCUUGAGGCCUCUCUCCUAUCCACAGACUGAUGUGUUUCUCAUCUGCUUCUCUCUGGUCAGCCCUGCAUCUUAUGAAAACGUUCGUGCUAAGUGGUUCCCUGAAGUACGACAUCACUGCCCUAGCACUCCAAUGAUCCUGGUGGGCACAAAGUUGGAUCUCCGGGAUGACAAAGAUACUAUUGAGAAGCUGAAGGAAAAGAAGCUGGCCCCUAUUACAUACCCACAAGGUCUUGCCCUAGCCAAAGAGAUUGAUGCAGUAAAGUACCUUGAAUGUUCAGCACUCACCCAGCGUGGCCUGAAAACAGUGUUUGAUGAGGCCAUUCGAGCAGUUCUCUGUCCACAACCUACAAAGACAAAGAAAAGGAGGUGCAAUAUCCUUUAGGGAAUCUGGAUUCUGGCCCUUCAGCCCACAGACCUUUGAAGAGGGGAAUGAAGAAAGAGAAUUUUAGAGGCUGCUGGAUUUUUAAUCUUGUUUCACUAUGAAUAGCCCACAACUAGCUAUUUGUUAAAAAAAAUCUGAAUGUAUGCAUUACUUUAUUCUUAAUAAGAUGCAUUACAGUAUAAAUUCCUUUCUCUCUCUCUCUUUCUCUAGACCUAAUUUGUGGCUACUGCUUAAAAAAAUAAAAUGCAGUCAUGGCAAUAUA